AUGCGCGUAGUGUACGGCCGCUUAGCGCAUGCGCGUGGUUUCGGCGACUCCCCCCCUGAAGAGAACGGUUCACGCUUCAUGGGUUUUGCAAGGUUUUCCAGACGAUUCUUCAGCUCCCAAGCCAACAGAGCAGCUUAUUCCUUCAUAACAACGCCAAUCUUCUACGUAAACGCCGCUCCUCAUAUAGGUCACCUGUACACGGCAGUGUUGGGAGAUGCUGCUCACCGAUGGAGCCAGCUGGCCGGUGCCACACCCACUAUCUUCACCACGGGAACCGACGAACAUGGACUAAAGAUUCAGAAGCGUUUGUUCGACACGGCAGAGAUAAGCUCCACUGACUACGUCAGGACAACAGAGAAUAGACACGUGGACACUGUUCACAAGUUCUGGAAUGUUCUAAGAGAGGGUGAUCACAUAUACAAGGGGCAGUAUGAGGGAUGGUACUCGGUUCCAGACGAAACAUUCCUGUCCCCAUCCCAGGCCACCGACGGAACGGAACCCGGUACUAAGGUUUCCGUGGAGACGGGUCACGCUGUGGAGUGGUCGAGUGAAGAGAACUACAUGUUCAGACUGUCCUCGUUCCGAGACAGACUUCUGGAAUGGAUUGAUUCCAGACCUUAUCCCGUGAUCCCCGAGUCGUCAAGGCAACGGGUGCGUCACUGGUUGCUCCACGAGACGAACUCUGACCUCUCCGUGUCGCGUCCUCGUUCCAGACUCCACUGGGGUGUCCCUGUUCCAAACGACUCAUCACAAACUAUAUACGUGUGGUUGGAUGCUCUAGUCAACUACCUCACCGUCUCCAUCACACCCUCACAAAUAUCACACAACUCACAAACUCAUCGCCAUGACAACGGUACUGAGAUAUGUGGCUCGGUCUGGCCGGCGACCAAUCAGAUUGUGGGGAAGGACAUUCUGAAAUUCCACGCUGUCUACUGGCCGGCGUUUCUAAUGGCGGCAGGGCUUCCGUUGCCACGGAGAAUAGUUAGCCACGCCCACUGGACAAUAGGGAAGUCAAAGAUUACUCAGAAGAGCGUCUGGUUGCCACGACAAAUGCAGACCUCCCCAACACCCUGGGUAACUUACUCCAGAGGAUCAGUACCCCGAGACUCAACCCCGGGGGACCCCGACUCCAAUUUCACCCCGAGCUGUUCCCCACGUUCGAGGGGUCGAAUUUUCACUGUUCCCCCGAGUGUAGAGCGAGUGAAGAAGACUUCGCAUUGAUCCGCAGUUUGCAAAAUCUACCAGAUGUUGUGAAGAGACACUACGAUUCAUUUGACUUCAACAAAGGGAUAGCAGCUGUUAUGCAGCAUUGCCACCAGGCCAAUCUGUUGAUCGACAGACACGCCCCCUGGAAGAUGCUGGUCCAGGUUCCAGACCAAUACCCCUGGCUCCAGACCAUUCUAUCGGCUGUGGUGGAAACUCUUCGUCUCAGCUCCAUUCUCCUCUACCCAGUCAUUCCAACGUCUGCUCGUGAGAUUCUGCGAAGGAUUGGGUUCGAGCAGGAUUUGAAUUUGAAAUCCGACACCGCUCUUUCAAUGCCUCCUGACUAGUGCGGAAGGGGUUAAAAGGUUUAAUGAAACAAACUGUUUGUCAUUUGGUCAUCCGCCCAUUUUUACACGACUGAAAGAGUCAGAAUCAGUAGGUAAAAGUUAAUGUGAAGCAAUUACAUCAUGAAAUGUAAAAAUGACAUCAUCACUUGUCCUUUUCCAAGUCAAUGCCGUAUUUGGUUUUGAGAAGUUCAAUUUCUUCUUUCUUGAGAUCUUUGUUCAUCUUCCGAUAUGCCUACGAGAAGGAGGGUAGGGAAGAAGAGAGCAGGAAGUGGCAUACAUUUUUUGAGCUGCCAAGUCACAUGCAUUGACAGUGCCCAUCACAUGAUUGAAAGGGCACCAACACAAGGGGCAAAGUGCACAACGACAUCACUCUCAAUGCUACUAAGAACAGUUACGGUAACCAUCACAUGGGAUUAUGUCAUCGUGAUAUUGGACAUCAGAAAUAGCUCUUGAUCUCAGCAUGUGCCAAUGAUCUGGCAUUCUCAGAGUUGGAUUUAGAUCAUCAUUCUGUCCAGACACACACUUCUCCCUUCCUCUUUUUUCUCUUUCUCUUCCCCUCCCUUCUCUCUGUUCCCCUUCCUUAUCUCUCCUUUUCUUUCUCUUUCCUAUCUCCCCCCUCUCUCCCUCUCCUUUCUCCCUCUUCUUCUUCUC